UUACUUCACUCGACUAGCUUCUCAAAUGUCAGUGUGGGUGUGGGUGUGUGCGUGUGCGUGUGCGUGUCUCAAUCAUGGAAGCAUACAAACUGUAGCAUGGUCGUACUUACAAGAAGAAGGGGACCGACAACGUAAGAAAAGCCAGCCAAGAUAGAAGAGGAAGUUCAUGGAAAAGGAAUAGAAUCGUUUUUACUACAUACUUGUUGCGCGUAUUUCAGUUUGAGGUUUCGAGGAGAGGUGCGGUUUCUUUCACAGCGGUAAAAUGCAGAAAUAAUACUCGAUCCAGGAAGAAGAGUGGGACUAAGUAUCCAACAUCCAUCUCUGGGGAAAUCAAAUUAAUUUCAACUCUCAAGUAAGGAUGGCGGAUACUGCUAGUAAUUAAUUAAUGGGGAAGUUGCACGGGAACAACCUCGGAUCCGUGGUGCUGGACCACCCGACUCCCGGUGGAGGGCGUCAGUUUAAGAUUUGGUCAGCCUCAUUCCGCCGCAUUAUACUGGACACAGUUCGGUGCGGGACGCGGCAGCAUCAUAAGCACGACAACACUGGCAAAUUAACCAUCCAAGAGCCCAAGCCCGAGCCCGGCAUUGAUCUCACUGCAGUCACAACACUGAGAUCUGAGUUGAGUAAAGGUAGUACUAGCAGUGGUAGGAGUGGGACUAAGUAUCCAACAAACACACCGCCCUCCGGAUCCGACAAGUUAUCAGACCUUCUGAAGCUAUCGGAAAAGGAAAACGAACCGGACGAGGAGGAGGCGGAGGCUGUGAAGAGGAAAGUGGAGGCACUGGAGGAAUUGAAGACAGUGGUGAAGAAUCUCCAAAGUAGCAGUAGCGGUAGCAGCAGCCAACAACUCCAGGAAAAUGAAAACCAUGGCUUCUUAGCUCCAGAUGUUCGCGCGUUGGAGGCAGCCAAGGAGGUCAGAAGGCUCGCUAAAGGCGAUUCUCAAGCCAGAACCACUCUUGCUUUGCUCGGAGCAAUCCCCCCGCUCGUGGCUUUGCUGGACGCCCCCCCCCUGCCUCCGGAUGUCUGCCCCAAAAUUCCUGCUCUUUAUGCUUUGCUCAACCUCGGCAUUGGCAACGACGCGAACAAAGCAGCCAUCGUUAAAUCGGGGGCUGUUCACAAGAUGCUGAAGCUCAUCGAAUCUGAAAAUGGUCCUCAUGCCACAGCUGUUGCCGAGGCUAUAGUUGCAAACUUUCUCUCUUUGACUGCACUCGAUGCAAAUAAGCUGAUUAUUGGUUCUUCUGGUGCAAUACCAUUUCUGAUAAGAAUCCUGAGAGAGGAUACUGAUGAUCAUGAAAAGAAUGGUUCUCAAGCAAAGCAGGAUGCCUUGCGAGCGCUGUAUAAUCUAUCAAUUUCACCGUUGAACCUCUCACUGUUGCUAGAUGCUCAUCUGGUGCCCUGUCUCUUGAGCAGGCUAGGAGAUAUGGAUUUCAGUGAAAGAAUCCUCUCAAUUCUGAGCAAUUUAGUAUCGAUACCAGAGGGGCGAAAGGCAGUAAGCUGUGUGCCGGAUGCAUUUCCAAUGCUAAUUGACGUAUUGAAUUGGACGGAUUCUCCAGGUUGCCAAGAGAGGGGGUCAUAUGUUUUGAUGGUGAUGGCUCACAAAUCAUAUGGAGAUAGACAGGCCAUGAUAGAGGCUGGAAUAACUUCAUCCCUUCUAGAACUAACUCUUUUAGGUACCACGUUGGCGCAGAAGAGAGCUUCCCGGAUCUUGGAGUGCUUAACUGUGGAUAAAGGGAAGCAGAUUUCUGAGAGCUAUGGUGGUGGAUUAAACCCAACAUUGUCAGCUCCUCUUUGUGCUGCCAAAUCGUCGCCGUCAUGUGCAGACCAAAGUCAUCAGUCGGAGGAGUCUUUAGAGGAGGAAGAUCAGAUGUUGAGUGAAGAGAGGAAAGCAGUCAAGCUAUUAGUCCAGCAAAGCUUGCAGAACAACAUGAAAAGAAUAGUUAGAAGGGCUAAUUUGCCACAUGAUUUUGUCCCUUCAGAUCAUUUUAUGUCCCUUACAUGGGGUUCAACAUCUAAGAGCUUACCCUUUUAGUUUUCAAUAGACCUGUCUGUCUAUGCUCAAAAAUGUGCAUAUGGCUGCAUGUAUGUAUUUAUAUAGCAUCAAGUCUCUUCUUGUAGCAACGGUUCUCCAUCAUUUUUGCUUGAUUAGAAUAAAGUUGAGUGAUUCCUAGCAUUCAA